AUGCAUCGAAUUGUCUUCGUCGGAAUCAUCCAAUGCGGUAUAGCGCUAGCCCCAUUCACAGUACGAGCUGCGUCGCUCAUUACCCACCGGAUUCGAUGCGUCAGUUUCGUCGGGGCUCCUUAUGAGCGAGAGCCAUUUCACUAUUCUUUCGGCGCACCACUCCCCCCGGUCGAAAUAUCCAUCGAUGCCAAGAGGGUUGAAGUUGCCGCUGGCCUAAGGGAUGGCGAUCGCGAAGCGAGCGUUGUUCAGCAGCUUCGCGGAUCUGCUCCAUAUGUGGAUUUACAUCGGGAUAGUAUUAUGGUCGUGCAUCUCUGCAGUGAAAUCCUGGACAAUGAUGCCAUGUUCCAGGAACUCAUGGAUGACUUAGCAACAUUGCACGUGCUUGGGGUCAAAUUGGUGUUACUUGUCUCUGUCCGGCUCCAGGUGGAUCUCCGAUUGCGUUUGGGUUUAAAGAAAAAGGGCAAAAGAGUCAGGGGAUUGAGGGUCACUGGAGCUGUCGAGCUCGCGGCGGCCUUGAUUGCGUUGCAUAGGAGUGUGUUGCUCACGAGCUGCCUGUCUUUGUUGUACUUUGCAAUGUUGGGAUUCGACGUUAUUAGCGGAAACGGCUUCGUGAGCGGGCGACCAGUCGGGGUCGUCGAUGGAGUUGAUACAGGGUUCACUGGGGCGGCGCGUCUCGUGGAUGCGGCAAAGAUAUCGAAACAUCUUGAUGCUGGGGAAAUCGUCCUCUUGUCUGCUCUCGCCUACUCGCCUUCUGGUGAAACCUUUAAUGUACGGACAGAAGAGAUCGCUGCGCGUAUGACCACCGAGCUUUAUAUUCAGGUCACCGCUGGCCAUGAGCUUGCCUGGAAGGACACGGAUGCUACCCUCAUAUCUUCCGGGCGACGCGUGGCGAGUCUCCGCCUUGAUGACGCACGCAAGCUGCUCGAGCGCCGACAGGAGCUCGAUGACGAUGGUCCCGCUGCACAGAUCCUUGACCUUGCUGAUUUCUCUGUCACCGCGCUUGAGCAAGGUGUCACGCGUGCUCAUCUCGUCGCGCCGAUAGAAGGUGCAUUACUGCGAGAGCUUUACACUCGAGAUGGCGCUGGCACUCUCAUCUCGAGAGACAUCUAUGAAGGUAUUAGAGGCGCGAUGCCAAGUGACAUUGGCUCACUGCUUGGCCUAAUUACACCUCUUGAGGAUGAUGGCACUCUAGUUGCUCGUUCACGACCCAAACUUGUCGAAGAGGUUAAUCUUGGCUGCUACUAUGUUCUUGCAAGAGAUGAUCUACCUAUUGCGUGUGCUUCGCUCAAGCGACUUGAUGCAGGAGGUUCGGUUGCAGAACUUGGUUGUCUAGUUGUGGCAUCUAAGUAUCGCAGGCAAUCAAAGGGUGAUGCUCUACUUUCGUACCUCGAGCGCGUCGCUAUUGCUUCAGGUGUGAAACAGCUAUUUGCCCUCUCAACCAAGACAAUGCAGUGGUUCGUUGAGCGAGGAUUUGAUGAGGUGACUCUCGACUUGUUGCCCCAAGAACGGCGGGAUAUAUAUGACAACUCCAGGAGGCCAAAGGUAUACCGGAAAGUCCUCAAGGCAGAUCGUGAUGUAGACGUCGAAGACGCGUUCUGGACCCGAAGGCAUGCUGGGAAUGAUUUCGAAUGA